AUGAGCGACCAAACUCCCAUUCCCGCUACCGGUACUACUGAAACUGGAGAUGCAGAUAAAAAGAAUAAAGGACGAGAAGACAGCAAGAAAACUCCAGAAGUUUCAUUCAUUAGGCUCUUUGCAUUUGCCGACGUUUACGAUUACUUUCUCAUGUCUUUCGGAUCAAUUGAGGUUGCUUGUUGGAUGCAAACUGGAGAACGACAAGCAGCGAAAAUGAGGGUGGCGUAUCUGAGAUCCGUGUUGAGUCAAGACGUCAGUCAGUUUGACGUCCAAACUUCCACCGGAGAAGUCAUUGCUGCAAUUACUAGUGGCGUCAUUUUUAUUCAAGAUGCCAUUUCCGAGAAGGUAAAGAAUGUUUUUCAAAUGUUACUCCGAGGUUUAAGGAGAAAAGCCACAGCUUUCUAUGUUCACACUAUAAUGAAUCUAGCUGUGGCAAACACAGUUACUUUAUUCAUAAGUAGAGUGAUAGGAAAUGUCAGAACAGUCCAAGCAUUUGCGGGUGAAGAAAGGGCAGUGAAAUCUUAUACGGCAGCACUACGAAACUCAUACAAUUAUGGGACGAAAGCAGGGCUAGCCAAGGGCUUAGGAUUGGGCACAAUGCAAUGUGUCCUUUUUUUAUCAUGGGCAUUGCUUGUAUGGUUCGCUAGCAUUAUUGUUCAUAAGGGUGUUGCCAAUGGAGGAGAGACUUUCAGUACCAUGAUAAAUGUUGUUGUCCCUGGCCUCAUUACAUCACGUGAAGGUAGCAUCAGAUAUUCGGGUGACUUCUGCCACAGCACAACAGCAAGCUGUGGUGCAAGUUUUCGUUCCAAUAAAGACUCUACCAGUGGAAUUGGUGCUGAUGGAGCAGAGAUUGCUAAGUCACCACCUGUUUCUUGCAGAAGAUUGUAUUCUAUGGUUGGUCCGGACUGGAUUUAUGGUGUUGUUGGCACUGUUUGUGCACUUUUUGCUGGAGCCCAGAUGCCUCUAUUUGCUCUUGGGAUCAGUCAAGCUCUUGUAUCUUAUUACAAGGAUUGGGACACAACACGCCAUGAAGUUCAGAAGACAGCACUCCUCUUCUGUGGGGGUGCUGUUAUAACAGUCAUUUUUCAAGCUAUUGAACAUCUCUGUUUUGGAAUCAUGGGGGAGCAGGUUACGCUUCGAGUGCGAGAAAUGAUGUUUACGGCCAUUUUGGGAAAUGAAAUUGGGUGGUUUGAUGACACAAACACCACAAGUUCUAUGCUGGCAUCUCGUUUAGAGAGUGAUGCAACUUUACUGCGAACUGUAGUCGUUGAUCGCUCUACAAUUCUUAUACAAAAUGUGGGUUUGGUUGUCACUUCAUUCAUCGUCUCCUUCAUCUUGAAUUGGAGGCUAACGCUUGUUGUCAUGGCCACAUAUCCAUUGCUCAUAAGCGGUCACAUCAGCGAGAAACUCUACAUGAAAGGUUGUGGGGCUAACUUGAGCAAAACUUAUCUCCAAGCUAACAUGCUUGCUGGUGAGGCAGUAAGUAACAUCCGUACUGUUGCUGCAUUCUGUUCUGAAGAGAAGGUGAUUGGCCUUUAUGCUUGUGAGCUUGUUGAGCCUUCAAGGCAUGCAUUUAUUCGCGGUCAGACUGCUGGUAUAUUUUAUGGAGUCUCUCAGUUCUUCAUCUACUCAUCCUAUGGCCUUGCGUUAUGGUAA